AUGAGCGAAACAACUCGACUAAAAAGCACUGUCUACGUGGGCGGCCUCGACCAAGCUGUGACAUCGCAAACGCUCACAGAGGCCUUCCUGCCUUUUGGCGAAAUUGUCGAUGUGUCAUUACCAAAGCCAGACCUGCCGUCGUCGACCGACAAUCACCGAGGAUUUGGAUAUGUUGAAUUCGAGGUUCCACAAGACGCAAAGGAAGCUAUCGACAAUAUGGACCAGAGCGAACUGUACGGACGCAUUAUAAAAGUUGCUGCGGCAAAGCCUCAAAGAGAUGCGAACGAAGGUCUGGGAAGCAAGACAGCUAUUUGGGAACAGGAGGGCUAUCUUGCAAAAUACGCUGUCAGCGAAGAGGACCGUCAAGCUGCUGAGGAAGCUCGAUUGGCAGCAAACAGCCGUCCUGAAGACCCAAUGCAAGGCCUAGAAGGUCUUGACGUUGCGGGACCAAAACCGGAGUAA